UGGUACUGGUCUUGUAGAUCUCUCCAAGCGUUUUCUCUCCGUCCGACUGGAAUCUGCAGCUGUGUGAGGAACAGAUCCAUUCAUUCAUCUGAGCGCACUCGGCCUUUUGGAAUUGUUUUUUAAUUUUAAUUUACCGGAGAAGCCAGACCACAACAUGCCUCGGUCAUUCCUUGUGAAGAAGUAUUUUUCCAACAAGAAGCCAUACUACAGGGAGAGCCAGCUGGAGAGUCAGACUGCAGCUUUUGUCCCAGAAAGCUUUCCUCGAGCUGAACUUCCAACGCAGGACAACAGCUCUGCCCUGACCUGCUAUCCCACCAACCCAUUCCACAACAACACGGACAACCUGCCUGCACCUCUUUCCCCCAUCACCCCAGUGUCUCUGCCCCCUUCACCCUUGGGCCCUCUGGACCUCAGCAGCUCACCCUCCAGCAGCAGUGGCGAGGAAGAGGAGGACGGUGGGCGUAGUUCAGAUCCCCCCAGUCCAGAUGUCAUCCAACACAUCUACCACUGUCUCUACUGCAGUAAGAACUACAACAGCCUGUCUGCACUGUCCCACCAUCAGAUGUCGCACCACCAGCUCUCCCACUGUGCCCCACUACAGCAGACACCCUCUCUGCCCACAGAGGUGUCUGCACGCCCAGCCUUCCACUGCAAACACUGCCCCAAGGAGUACACCAGCCUGGGAGCCCUGAAGAUGCACAUCCGCUCACACACUCUGCCUUGUGUGUGCCCCACCUGUGGCAAGGCCUUCUCCAGACCAUGGCUGCUCAGGGGACACAUUCGCACACACACAGGUGAACGUCCCUUCGCUUGUCAGCACUGUAAUCGUGCCUUUGCUGAUCGCUCCAACCUUCGCGCCCACCUGCAGACCCACUCUGAAGUGAAGAAGUACCAGUGUGGCUCUUGCUCACGGACCUUCAGUCGCAUGUCCCUGCUGCACAAACACAACAUCUCUGGAUGCUGCCCUGCCUCAUAGACUCACAUUCCCCGGACUGCUCUUAUAAGCCAGUUGAAGCUGCUUGCUGGAUCUGAUCCCCUCCCCUGAUUAGAGCCAAUACACCCAGAGGACAUUUGGCAGAUUGAUGCCAGCACACCCCAAAGCCAUGACAGGAAAACUGCUGGAGUUUUUUUUUUAAAUAAAAUUACUUUUAAGUGCCUUUAACAUUUCAAGACUAUAGGUUUAUAAAUAUUUUGAGGCCAUAUUGUUUAUCUGCAGCACAUUUUUUGCUGUGUCCUGUCAACUGUGUGUAUGUGUGUGUGAUUUGAGGGCAGCUGGACAUGCAGUUAAUUCCCAGGAAACUCCAUUGGUGCCGGCCGGUCCGGGACUCGGGCCAUGUUGCAGCUGCUUGGGUGUGUUUGUGUGUGUCUGUGGUGCAUGCGGGGAUGUCAUUCCUCACCGUACUAUACAUACAUGGCAUGUGUGUGGAAAUGAGCAAGUGUGUGUGUUGAGACAGCUGUCUGCGUAUGGUGUACUGUGGAGGCAGGGCGCUGAGAGACGUGUUAGCCGCGACCUCGACGACAGGUGACCCUCUGCUCGAGCCACAAACACUUUCCACACACACUCAUUGUGUCACUGGACAUGAAAGGACCACUCAAGGUUGACCAAAAAACCCCCACAACUUUCUUUCAUCAAUAUUGUCAUUUAUUUGUUGACAUGUUUUUUGUUCUUUUGGGAAGAUUUUGACCUACAGUUUUUACAAACUAUUUUGAUGAACAUACCAUUCAAAUGGGAAUUCUGUGCCUUUUUAAGGUUGUGUAUUUUUCUGCUUCAUGUAAAUAAAAGCCGUGUU